UUUCCACUGUUACAUGAUAGUUCUGAGUGUCACUGUAGUUUCCAUGACGCCAUUACACCAAUUAGACUAGCGACGAGUACGUGGUAUAAUGGAUGGUCUCAUACGUUGUCUUUCUUUGCUCGUUGUUCUUCGUCUUUGUGUUGGCAGACUUUGAGAUUCUCAUUGACUGACUGGAAUACUUUGCUGAAGCUCCUGCAAGAUGAUGAUGAGAGUGGUGAUGGCGAUGGUGGUGGCGGUGAUGGUGGUGGUGAUGGUGGUGACACAAGCUUCAGCCAAAAGCCCCAGAUAUCAAGAGCCGUGUGAGGUGACGGAGGAGGAUCCAGACGGGGACUGCUUCUGGGGCGAGGCAGGCGUGGACUACCCAGUGUUCUCCUACGUGCCCAGGACCUCCUUCUCCUGCCAAGACGUGAUCCCAGGCAUAUACGCCGACACCGAGGCCUCCUGUCAGGUGUACCACAUGUGCCAGAAGAACAGAGAGAUGGACUCUUUCCUGUGUCCCAACGGCACACUCUUCCAUCAGGAGUACCUCGUGUGCGAUCUCUGGUUCAACGUGGACUGUGGUCGCGCCGAGGCCUUCUAUAAGAUCAACGAGGUUAUCUACAGCGGGCCACGCCGCAAGCCUGUGUCGGCCAGCUAUCAGUAAUCUGCCUGGCAUGGAUUACUACUGAUACUGCUCAUAAUGCUACUCCUUCUCCUCCUCCUCCUCCUCCUCCUUCUUUUCCUUUUUUUACUACUACUUCUACUACUACUACUACUACUACUACUACUACUACUACUACUACUACUACUACUACUACUACUACUACUACUACUACUACUACUACUACUACUACUACUACUACUACUACUACUACUACUACUACUACCAUAUGAUUUCUUCAUAUGACUAUUUAUUUAUUUAUCGAUUAGAAUAUCCGUAUAUUUAUUGCCAUAUAUUACACAGUGUGUGUGUGUGUGUGUGUGUGUGUGUGUGUGUGUGUGUGUGUGUGUGUGUGUGUGUGUGUGUGUUCUAUGUUGGUGUACACUGCUGUGAUAAUUCUAGUUAUUAUCAUUCCUUUCCAGUUAAGUUAUAAAUAAACAUUAUAUUUUAAAAUGGGAGUUAAAAACUGUCAUUGAUAUUAUUGUUGUUAUUAUCAUUAUUAUUGUUAUUAUCAUUAUUAUUACUAUUAUUAUUAUUAUCAUUAUUAUCAUUAUUAUCAUUAUUAUUAUUAUUAUUAUUAUUAUUAUUAUU